AUGGAAAACUUUUCUUACCCGCACCGAAAACGCACAGCGAACUUGAUGGGCUUCCUCGAACACAUCGGCAACAGCCUGACGUCGAUACAGCCGUGGCGAGAGUUCCCGCCCGGCCACCCGAGACACGGAGAACCGCCGCCGACGCCAGAGGAAGAGCGGCGACGCUUGAGUCGGCUGAGAGUGCUGCGGUUCGCGCUUACCCUCGUCGUUGCUUACGCUGGUUUCCGGGUAUCUCGCGCAUUACACCGACUCAUCUCUGGGCGACAUCGACCAAGACCAGCGAUCGCGCAAGCAUCCUUGGAAGACAUUUACAGCUUACAGCAGCGGGGGGGCGUAGGCGGUGGAAACGGACGAGCGAAUGCGGCGGCUGGGGCGGCAGAUAGAAUGGGUAGACGUCAACAGAGGGGGAGGGUGGGGUGGGGGGGUGGGGGGUCCGCUGUUUCCGGGGCGGGAGCUGGAGGCGGGGGCUUUGGAGGUAGCGGGGAGGGGUUCGAUGGGACGGAUCCUUGGAGCGGGUUUUGA